GGUAAAUCAGAUUUCCGAAGAGUUUCGACAGAUUCGGGUAGGUACCCGGGAGAAAGUCAGAAAUAGAAGACGUUGGCCUAUCAGACAAUCACUAAAAUUCAUUCUUAGGAGGCUGCGGCGCCGGCGCCCUCCCCGACCUGGACCCUCACUGCUCCUAGACUCCGCGGGUGGUGGAGCCCCUCAGCCUCCUACUGGUGUCGGAUGCCACAGCUUGUGCCUAAGUAAGAAAACAGGCCUCACUGGAGAUAUUCAAGCAAAGGUUGGACAGCUACUUUCCCAGAACAGAAAGGAAACUCAUGCAUCAGAAAAGGUGACUAAUAAACAUACCACAAGAAUAUGGCUGCACAGAUACCAGAAUCUGAUCAGAUAAAACAGUUUAGGGAAUUUCUUGGAACCUACAAUAAACUUACAGAAACAUGCUUUUUGGACUGCGUUAAGGACUUUACAACAAGAGAAGUAAAACCUGAAGAGAUUACCUGUUCAGAACAUUGCUUACAGAAGUAUUUAAAAAUGACACAAAGAAUAUCCAUGAGAUUUCAGGAAUAUCAUAUUCAGCAGAAUGAAGCUCUGGCAGCCAAAGCAGGACUCCUUGGCCAGCCACGAUAGAGAGGCCUGGAUGGAUGGACUAUCAGUGAAAGUGUGCCAACAGCUAUUGCCCUGGCAGUAAGGAUUCACCUGACAGAAUCCCCUGAAAGCAGUAGUCACCAUGUUAAACUGUCGGUCACGACUGUUUGGCAGAUGGAAACCACUGGAGAAACAAAAUCAUAUGCCAAGGAUAAUCAAAUUAGAAGGUCUUACUGUUAAGUGAAAAUAAUACAAUGAAACUUUUGUUGAAGCCUUAAGAUUUGGCAGCUUGGUCACUUGAUUAGAAAAAUAAACCAUUGUUUCUUCAAUUGUGACUGUUAAUUUUA